AUGGCGGCGGCCGCGGAAUUGAAGCUGCUGGAGAAGUCCCUGGGGCUGAGUAAGGAGAAUAAAUACAGCGCCCAGGGCGAGCGGCAGGCCCUUCAUGAAGAGCUGCCCCAAGAUGGAAGAAACCAGCCGGAAUUUCUGGGCCACCUCUCCAGAUGGUCUCCCCAAACAUCAGCAAACUUUCAAUUCCAGUUCUUCAAACAAACAAUGGUCCAAGUCUAACAGGAUUGACCACUAUAGCAACUCACCUAGUCAAGCAAGCCAACAAAGAGUAUUUGCUGGGGAGUACUGCAGAAGAAAAAGCAGUAGUUCAGCAGUGGUUAGAAUACAGAGUCACUCGUGUGGAUGGACAUUCCAAUAAAGAAGAUAUCCACAGUCUGUUAAAGGAUCUUAAUUCAUAUCUUGAAGAUAAAGUCUACAUUACAGGAAAUAAUUUCACCUUAGCAGAUAUCCUAUUGUAUUAUGGACUUCAUCGCUUUAUAGUUGACCUGACAGUUCAAGAAAAGGAGAAAUAUCUUAAUGUAUCCCGCUGGUUUUGUCACAUUCAGCAUUACCCAGGCAUCAGGCAACAACUGUCUAGUGUUGUCUUCAUCAAGAACAGACUGUAUACUAAUUCCCACUAGAAGCACCCCUCAUCUGAAAGAUACAAAAACAUUGAAAACGCUUAAUGGAAAAUGGAUUCUGGACCUCACUACUAACAUAAAUUGAUGAGUAGUCGUUGUCUGUUAAAGCUGGUUUAAUUUUUAAAGUACAAACUGGUGUCUAAGUACUUUAUUUUUCUAGUUGAAGUUUUGCAAUUUUUUUAUGUAGAAAUUAAAUUGCUAUCAAAAAGUUGGUAUCAAGUUACAAAUUACCUUGUUUUACAGAUGAGAUUUAUUUUAAUGAUAGUUGCAAAUCAGUGACUUAAUCCUAAAAAUAGGUAAUCCUUUCAGUAGGUUGAAAUGUUUGGCUAUUUAUUAACCCCUUUCAUAUUUUAAACUUUAUUUUCCUUUUGUGUAUAUCUACAGUCAUUUGUUUAUUAGCCGCUUCAGUAAAUUAUGCCAAGAAUACAGAAAGGGAAGACAGAUCUAUUUGUUUUCAAGUAUUUAUGUAAAUGUGAUUGAAACUAGUAAAUGU